GUGAAACAUGGAUGAGUGUGAGUUCAUGUACGUCAUAGACCCUUUUGCUUCCCGAAGUCAUUGGAAAAUGCGACCGUUUGCGCUUUUGAAAGAAAAACACCACAACACCUCACAGGUAAUCGUCAGUCUGUGCUCAUCAUUCCUUCAUCAUUCUCUCAAAGUAGUAGUCUGAGUUGCCCAGAAUAAGAGACAGGAGGAGGAUCAAGACGGAUCGAAUAGGCGAGAUGGAGGGUAUCCGGCAUGCCUGGAGAGUGUUAACUUUUUCGGACGUCCCGAGCUCUCGCAAUGAUGCCGCAAGAAACAGAGGAGGAAGAAGUUCCUGGGUCAGCCGUCGUCAUCGAGUUCCAUUGCAUCGAGCUUGUAGUCAGCCAUCUUCGGCUGCACGACGUUCCUUUCGUCCUGGAGCUUACCAAGUGACCAAAAGCCAAGCUCCUUCUAGAGAGCAUCGAGUGGCGAUUCCAGAAGGAACUGCCCCUGGAUCCACUUUCACUGCCACUGUGGGCACACACACUGUUCAGGCUCAAUGUCCGUCAAACACUACUGCUGGCAAUUUUGUACGUGUCAUGGUUCCCGGAGAACCAAUCACACGCCAGACGUUUUUGAAAGUGGCUCCCUUGACAACAACGACAACCAGAAACAACACAGCACCUACUCACGACCGGCCCCCCAAAAUCAAAGUUUCGAUACCCACACAUGUUCAACCUGGAAUGACAUUCCAAGCAAACAGCCGAGGCGAGCGAUACUCCAUUGUUUGUCCCAACAAGAUCCCUAGAAAUCGCAGAGUCAAGGUCGUGCCUCUCUUGCAAGAACACCACGGACAUCACAUGGAAGCCACAAACAGCGUGUCUUGCUACACAGCAGAUCAGGUCUACAGCGGACAGUUUGCUUUCGUUAGACGUAUUGUUAUCCAGCAUGGCAGGGAUAAACGAUUGCCUACUGGAAGUUUGUCCUUGGUUCCAGUUACUGCAACAGCUUCUGCUCCGACAGUUACUUUGCUGAAUUCACAGGGACACCCAUGGCUGCAACGGCCAGAGGACAAGGCCGAACCCAAUGGUUUGCAUGACAUCAAGAACAAGCCAUUGCAGGAAAAGAUGCAAUGGUUCCAAAGUGUGGUUGGGGUCAGCUGUAGCAAGGUGGAGGAUCCAACAACAACCAACAGCCGCCAUGUCAAGCUUGUGAUUCGUCGAGAUCACUUGGUAGAAGAUAGCAUACGAGCCGUCAUGAGCCUGGGGACGGAACAACUGCAACAGCCGUGGAAAAUACAAUUCGUUCAUGAACCUGGAGUUGAUUCGGGUGGUGUGUCUCGUGAGUGGUUCCAAAUCACAUCCAAAGCCAUCUUAAGUCCGGAAAGUGGACUAUGGGUGAGCAGUCCCAACAAUCAAAGUUGCCUGGUUGUUAAUCCUAACAGUGCGAGCGACUGCAAUGACCACCUCGUCCAAUUCCGGUUUGUCGGGAGACUCCUUGGUCGUGCACUGUUGGAUCAGCACAUGGUCAUGGGCCACCUUGCACCUUACCUGUACAAGCACAUUCUGGGUCAGCCCCUUACCAUGCAGGAUUUGGCGGAACACGAUCAAGCCUACGUUGCGGCGCUUGGCAAGUUGAGAGAACUUCUUGACGCUGACGACGAGUUGUCUCAGACACUUUGCCUUGAUUUCACAGUGACAGAACGCGUUGCUGGCGUCUCUACUGUUGUGGAGCUCAUACCCCGAGGGGCUGACAAGUAUGUUACUAGUAACAACUUGGGAGAAUACUACAAGCAUAUCCUUCACUACCGACUCUUGGAACAAGCGAAGCCACAAAUCAGGGAGCUGGUAUUGGGCUUCUUGGAUGUUGUUCCGCAAGAGCCGCUGGCCAUCUUUCACGCCAAAGAACUCGAGUUGACACUGUGCGGCCUGCCCAGAAUUGAGGUCGGCGAUUGGAAGGCAAACACACGAUACUCUGGAGCUCUCGCUGCAAAUGGACCUGAUGACAAACUGGUCCAAUGGUUUUGGGAGAUUGUAGACAAUUUUGACAAUGAGGGCAGAGCCCGUCUGCUUCAGUUCGCGACGGGAAGCUCGGGAGUAUCCACCAGUGGAUUCGCAGCCCUCAAAGGUGCUGACGGCGCCUUCAAGAGCUUUGCCAUUCACGGAACAGGUGCCCCUACCAAUGCCCUCCCCAGAGCACAAACAUGCUUCAACCGUAUCGACUUGCCCAGCUACAAAACCAAAGAAGAUAUGCUGAGCAAGAUCGAACUGGCAAUGGAGCUCUCGUUAGUGGGAUUCGGUAUGGACUGAAGCAAAAAGGCACCAGUACCAUAGAAAUAGCACGAGUACAAAGCAUCCGUACACUUGGUAGAAUAGAAAGCUCUUUUCAUUCGUUUACGUAGAUCUGCCAAAGAUGGACUGAAGCAAAAAGGUUCCAGUAGCAUAGAAAUAGCACGAGUACAACGCAUCCGUACACUUGUUACGGUGCUGUAGCAUAGAAAGCUAUUAGGAUUUUGACUUUUCAUUGGUUUACGUUGAUCUGCCAAAGAUGG